CUCUACCAAAUAAGCAUUGGAUGUUUGGUGUUCCUAUGGCUACCGGCGGACGCUUUUGUGUUCCCUAGAGACCAGGAGCUCUGAUCCUGACAUGAGAUGUGUGUAUAGAUAAGGGGAAGGUGCGGAAUUACAAGGGAUGCCUAGAGGACGCCGGAGUAACCCUUCUACUGAUAGGGACGGAGUGUGGUUUCCUCACAUACAUGUGGAUAUGAAGCUGCCUAUAACAAGCAGUCAGGAUAUGCUUCACCGUGCGAAGUCAUCUUCCUGGAAAAAGCAGAGACUGCCUCUGAUAUGUGUGACCUAUAACAAGACUGAAGUCCAACAUGGAUUUCCAUUUUCUUCACAUGACAACAGACACUCAAUACAAUUGAGCGGAGAAUACCUGGAUUCUGGACUUGGAAGAAGAAAGACUCCACAUGAAACAAGACAGCAGUCUUCCCGAAACUUCAACCUUUCAUGUCAUAGCACACCUCCCAGACCUUCUAAUUACUGGGACGGUUUUACCAAUUCCCAGAUCUCUUACAGAGGAAGGCAGGACAUGGCGACUCCCUUCUGCCGGAGGUUUCCAAAAUGUCACCAUGAAAGUUCUGCUCAUCGUGGAGAUCUUCCUGAGAAUCGUUUCAUGUGGUUUGGUGGUGAUCAUGGGCUACCAUAGAUCAGCUGCC